AAAUCGGCAAAAACUGACUGUCAUUCUCUCGCAUCAUCGGCAUCACUCGUUUUCGCUUUACAAGCAAAAGUUGCAAGUAGUAAACAGUUAACCUCACACAAAAUUCAGAACCACAACAGAUCAGAACAAUCAUGUCAAUCCUUGCGUACAACGGUGGUUGCGUGGUGGCAAUGAAGGGCAAGAACUGUGUCGCCAUCGCCACCGAUCAUCGUUUUGGUGUCCAGGCCCAGACGAUUGCGACCGAUUUUGAGAAGGUCUUCGAAAUCAAUCCACACAUGUAUCUGGGUCUGGUUGGCCUACAAACAGACAUCCUCACGGUGCAUCAACGGUUACUGUUCCGCAAGAAUCUGUACGAGGUUCGAGAAAAUCGGGAGAUGACACCGGAACGGUUCGCUGCGAUGCUGUCCAACUUUUUGUACGAAAAGCGCUUUGGACCGUACUUUAUCGAACCGGUCAUUGCCGGAUUGGAUCCGAAAACGUUUGAACCAUUCAUCUGCAAUAUGGAUUUGAUUGGUUGUCCUAAUCAGCCGAAUGAUUUCGUGGUAGCUGGAACUUGUGCCGAGCAAUUGUAUGGUAUGUGCGAAACCCUUUGGAAGCCGGAUCUGGAACCAGAGAUGCUGUUCGAAGUAAUCUCGCAGGCCUUGGUGAAUGCUUUCGAUCGAGACGCCAUUACCGGUUGGGGUGCGACGGUUUACAUCGUCGAGAAGGAGAAGCUGACAGUGAAGAAACUGAAGACUAGAAUGGAUUAAUGGGAACGAAGGAAGGGGAUCUCUUUCCCGUGGCGAUGGAAAGAUAUAUACAAUCUGAUGAAUAUGAAUGUUCUUUUUUUGUAUGGUCGGAAUUAUCAAAUUCAAUAAAUUUACUUUAAAAUAAA